AUGCUGGAAAAUCAAGCUGCUGCCGGUCAAGUUGCUGCUGGUGUGAUGCCGGCAUCCUUCUCGUUUGAACCGUUCAAUUCUGCAACAUCCAAAUUCGACCGUUGGCUGGAACGCCUUCAAGUGUCAUUCCGGAUUUUCAAAGUUCCGGAGGCGGACAAACGGGAUUAUCUCUUGCACUUUAUGGGUGGUGCAACCUACGACAAACCGCGACUGCUCGAAGUUCGCGAUUUGACAUUGGCAAAGGCAAAGGAGAUUGGAUUCGGGAUGGAAAUGUCUCACCGUGGCACUGACGAAAUGCACGGUUCCCGGUCAAGGACGGAAGUGCAACAUAUCGAGCAUGGAUCCAAGAAAAUUAAAAAGAAGAACGUUUUCCAGUCGACGAAUCAUGCUAGUUCGAGCAAAAGUUCCAUUCAGGCAGGCAAGCAAGAUAAACAAACGAAAGUUUGCUAUCGCUGUGGGGAUGCUGAUCAUUUCGCAGAUAAAUGUAGACAUAAAGCUACUGUCUGCAAUCACUGCAAGAAGAGGGGACACCUGGAGAAGGUGUGCCAGGCCAAACAGAGGAACAAGAAGACGAACGAUGCACAUCACCUGGAAGAACCUUGCACCAUUAAGGACGUUUUUCACCUAAGCGCUGUUCGAGGUUUUGCUGGCAAAUUUCUGCUGGAUUUGGGUGUUCACCGGAAGAAGCUGACAUUCGAGGUUGACACCGGAUCGCCCGUAUCCCUGAUUAGCGUACAGGACAAGAAACGUUAUUUUACAGACUUGGACAUUCUCCCCACGACUACUCGAUUGGUAAGUUACUGCGAAAAUGAUAUCGGUAUUCUCGGUAAGAUGAUUGUAAAUGUUGAUGCAAAUGGUGAGGAAUUCACAUUGCCACUGUACGUCGCGGAAUCUAACAGGCACCCCCUGUUGGGUCGCGAUUGGCUACUUGCUUUGAAUUUAGAUUUAAAUCGCGUAUUCAGACCCGGUACUCAUUCGGUUUCCUACUGUAGCGGAUCGGAUAAAUCCACCGCUUGUGCGUUGAAUGAUUUGCUUAAAAAAUUCUCACAUGUUUUCGAUGAACGAGUUGGUAAGAUAUCUGGUGUACAAGCUUCGCUGAGCGUUCGAAAUGGGACAAAGCCAGUGUACGUGAAGGCAAGACCGAUUGCUUUUGCUGUUCGGGCCGCUGUCGAUAUGGAGAUUGACAAGCUGGUGAGUGAUGGUAUCUUAGAAAAAGUGAACCAUUCAGAGUGGGCCACUCCUGUCGUUCCAGUUAAAAAAGCUGGCGGUAGGGUACGAUUAUGUGGUGAUUAUAAAAUCACAUUGAAUUCAAAUUUGCUGGUAGAUGACCAUCCGCUUCCUACUGUGGAAGAAUUGUUUGCAACCGUUGCAGGUGGAAAACGGUUUUCAAAGUUAGACCUUUCUCAAGCGUAUUUGCAGCUUGAAGUUCGUUCGGAAGAUAGGGAUUUGCUUACGUUGAGCACUCAUAGAGGUUUGUUUCGUCCUACCAGACUCAUGUACGGUGUUGCUUCCGCCCCAGCCGUGUUCCAACGAUUAAUGGAGCAAAUCCUUCAGGGUAUCCCGGGUGUUACCGUGUUUAUAGAUGAUAUUCGCAUCACCGGCCCUGAUGAUUCCACACAUCUUCUUAGACUACGCGAGGUGUUCAAAAAGUUGGAUGAAUACAAUUUGCGAGUGAAUCGGGAGAAGUGUGACUUUUUCUGUGACAGAAUCGAGUAUUGUGGUUACAUGGUAGAUAAAGACGGGAUUCACAAACAUUACGCAGCAUUCUUACAAGCUUUUGAUUACAAAAUUCGUCAUCGUCGAUCAUCGGAUCACUUCAAUGCAGAUGCUAUGUCUCGAUUGCCCAUAUUUCGUUCCGAUCCCGAAUGUGAGAUCGAAGAACCUGAUAUUGUAGAGAUAAAUGCGAUACAAACAUUACCCCUGAUAGUCGAUGAGUUGCGUUCUGCCACUCUUUCGGAUUCUACUGUUCGUGAACUGUCGCGAGCUUUGCGAACGGGAACUACCAGCAAUCCCACGACCACUACUCAGGACAAAAACAACAAUCCUUCCGUUGACGUAAUCCCUACUCCCAGACCAAAUACUCCUGUUUCCUCAGCGGACAUUCAACCAUCUUUCUCGGAUGGUUUGGCGGACUCUGGUGGAUUUUCACGUUCAAUUAAGAGAGUAGAGAUGUUUUACAGACUUAACAACCCGAUUCGAGUAUUCGACAAAGACGAGAAGUAUUUAACUGGACAGUGA